GGUUUUUGCGAUUCAUGAGAAGGCGGCCCGAGGCCUGGCGCUACAGUACAGAGACCUAGCGCGAGCACGGGCUUUAUUUGUCGUGAGCCUCUCUCGGCAAUUAAAAUACCUACAUCUACACAUACACCUAUAGAGAUAGACAUAGACAUCGACAUCGACAUGAGUCGCAGCUUUCAAGUCGCAGCAUCUCUUUUAACGUCAUGGAGGAUGCCGUCCGUCCAAAUGAGCAGGCGUUUAGGGCCAUGUACAAGAGAGGUUAUUGCACUUGGUUUAGUCUUUACGAGAUGACAAUUGCAGAUACCAAAACCCAGCUCCCAUCGUGGGAUUGUCUAUUUCAACUUGAGAAUGCAUUUCUCAACUACCCUUCUUUCCCAGAAAAUCCUGCGGUAGACGCAUCAUUUUCGAAUACUGUCAUUGCAACGGGGAUAUCUACAUGGAGAACCGCGCAGGGACCGUGCGAUUUACCGUCCUUUGAUCAAGAAUUCUUCAUUCCAGUCGCGUCAGAUCGUCCUACGAUUCUCUCUAUCUCGGGUCCGCAACAGUCUACAUUCGUGUUCCCGCGAAGCUUCAGUGAGGACGACGACCAUAUUACUUUGCUCAUACUUGCCUGGACCUACAUACUUUCUGCACGAUGGGCCGAGAUCAUUCCCGGAGCGUCUGGGCCUGAAUACAGCAAUUGCGAGGCCGAAUGGGAUGACAAAAACAUCCCACUUGAAAACGCCCCGACUGAUGCCACGACAGCGGUUAUAGACUUGGGCGAUAUUGAUGAUGACAACGCUCGAUGGUGGUCAGCGGUCCUCGCCCUGGAAGGAGGUUGGAAUGCGUCUAUUCCAAGUGAUAAAGGUCCCAUCCUCCACUCACCCUGGUAUACGAAGCUUGUGUCAGAAAAACGCUUCAUUCUUUCACGCGGCACGAAAUCUCGCCCCCUUCCAUUUCAGCAUCGUGCGGCAUCAUUCGCUACCGCUUUGCGCUAUCUUUCUAGCUACUGCGAAUUUCACAAAGUGGCUGAGCAAAACCAUGCUGCUUUGGCGGCGACAUUGCUUCUCCCUGUGGCCAGAUUCGACAAAAGUAGAGUUCAGUUACCGACCCCUCGAGUUCGCCGUAAAGUACGACUCAACAAGGAGUCGAUCUGCAAAACUCCAGCAUGGAGCGAAAAUCUCAACCAACUAGACAGGCUCCUCUCUCUAAGCUGCAACGCAGUGGGAACCAAAGCGCUUCUAAACAGCGUCUUCUUUGAACCAGGUGUGGCAUGUAAUAUCUGUGGGGCAUGGUUGCAAGGGACCUUCGCAUUUCUCGACUCGGAUAUCGUGCAGGAUCAGCAUAUCCUACUUCGUGUCUUGAUGAAGCGGGAUCCUAGCCUGGGAUUUCUCUGGCUUGGUGCUUUCAUCAUCGGAGCACAAACACGUUCCCUGCAAGAGGCUCGUCAGGCGUGGUGGAAAAUCGAUCUUCAUGUGGCAGCAUGGACCGGAACGCUUAAGUCUUUUAUACAAGAGCCUGUCUCAACACUGCCCCCUGGGACAGAAGAAAUUUCGCGUGCUGACGAAUGUCGACUGAUGUACUUGUCCCACGACCAAUACUAUACUGUCCCCCCGCUCUUUCCAUUCGCUCCGUUCGGUUCUACAGCGAUAACAGACACCAACAUCGACGUUCGUCAACAUGCACGAUGUGAGACAAGUCACGGCCUCGAAUACGAAGGCUUGACCUGGCGCUGUCGUGGUGGCCAGAGCACAGUUACAGCUGUCCCUAGAAUUCUCUUGCGCGCCAAAGGUGGGCAGCCAACAGACGGCAAUAUCUCCGUCACUUACGACAAUCUCGACCACGAGGAUGAUGACUGUUCGGAAAUGGUGACUAGGAACAUUUUCACUUGGCUGCGCGAUGAGGACGGCUUUCCUGUCACGGAGAGGGCUAUUCGUGAACACGAGUGGAUAGACAAUUUGGACUCGGACGAUGACUGUCCGAUUACAGGCGACGCUCAAUCCACUGUGGGAGGCAAUCUGCACGGAUGGCUGUUGAAGACCAUGACCAGACGGUCCAAUUCGCUCUAAUGGGUGACGGAGAAGUGCGAGGUGGUAGUGGAAGGGCGUAAUGUUCAUUGUCUCAUAUAUAUUAACUU